AUGGACUGGACGCGUGGAAGCGGGCGGAUGUGGGCGCUUCCGUUGUUGUCGGUGGCGCUUGCGGUGCUGCUUGCGGUGCUUGUAUCGCGGUAUUCAAGAUCUGGCCAUGUGGAACUCGUUGCUGCAAAGCCACGCAAUGCACGCCGCCGAGUUGUGUUGCUCGGCGUCGGCGAGGCAGGCAAGACGAGCGUGUUUCUGUACAAGACGCUCGGGGUCGCGCCGCAGACGGCAAUUUCGCAGCGCGUCAAUACUGGCGAUUUGCCUGCGUGCGAUCGCGUGGCGGCGAUACGGCUAGUCGAUGUGCCGGGCCAUGCGCGACUUCGCAACGCCGUACAUACGCAGCUCGAUAACGUCGAUGCGAUUGUGUUUUGCGUGGAUGCGAGUGUCGCAAGUCGCGGAAGCGCCGCAUCGAUCGGCGCAAACCGUGCCGAGGAUUUGCACGGCGCACUCGUAGAGUGUGUCGAUUUUAUACAUGAGACCUUGCGUGCGCUCGCUCAAAAAUGCCGCAAAGGGCUGCCGGCACCGGCGGUCCAGGUGCUGUUCACGCGUGCGGACCUUUCGCCUUUGUUUGCGGAGCGCGCAAUGCUUAAGGAUCAGAAGCGCAGGGCACAGCUGCUGGCACGGUGCCGCCGUGGGCUCGAAUUUGCGCUUGCGUCGCGCCGCACCGCACGUGGUUUGCAGGGCGUGGACGGCAGGAGUGCGCGGGUCACCAUUGAAGGCAUUGGCGCCGUGGAAGAUGUACGCGAUUCGGUCGUUGCGCGGGUACAGCGCAUGUGUACGCCAGUGCUGCGCGCUGUGCCGUUCCUGCGCUGGGCGGCGCCGCUGGAAGAUGAACGCAUCGCCCCGGAGCUGCACCCAACGCGGCGUGGGCAUAAUGUCGAGGCGGGUGCGGGGCAUAAGCAGUCGAAUGAGCUAGCUAUGGACUAUGUCCGCACAGAUGUGCGACAGGCAGGCGAAGAGCUGCUUGUGCACCUGGAUGCGCGAGUCGUGCGUGAUGGAGGCGUCACGUGGGGAAUCGCGAGCAUCGAUACGAGCGAUGCGGGCUGGAUGCCGGGGAAAGCGGCGGCGGAGAUUGGCGACCUUGACCAGUGGCUCGAGACGCUGUAG